UGUUGUGUAGAAUGUAAUAUAUUAAUGUCAGUGUAUUUGUUAUUUAUGCUUCAAGAACUUUACCACCUUCUGAACGAAAAUUAUGUCGAAGACGAAGACAAUAUGUUUAGAUUCGAUUACUCGCCGGAAUUUCUGAAGUGGGCGUUGCAGCCGCCAGGGUGGCUUGGAGAAUGGCAUUGCGGCGUUAGGGUGUCGAAGAACAACAAGCUUGUAUGCUUUAUCUGCGCUGUGCCAUGCAAAGUGCGAGUGUACAACAACGUUUGUGAAGUUCGCCCAAAGCACUUUGCUUUUCAUAAGCUGAGAUCAAAGCGGGUGGCGCCGGUGCUCAUUCGUGAAAUCACGAGGCGGGUAAACCGUAAGGGAAUCUUUCAAGCAGUGUACACAGCCGGUGUCGUGCUACCGCGCCCAGUCAGCACCUGUCGGUAUGUUCUCCUCACCGGAUUGUUCCGAGGACAUCAAAGCUCUACAAGCUGGCCAAUGUAUGACACCAUCCGUCGCACUGAUGCCUUUUUUGAGGUGAAAACCGAAGGCUUUAGGGCGUUCGAAUCGAAGGAUGCCAAGGGCGCUUAUGUUUUGCUCGACGCGUAUCUGAAACAGUUCGACCUCACUCCGGUUUUCACCUACGAGGAGUUCGUCCACUGGUUUACGCCGCGGAAAAACGUCAUUAGUACUUUUGUUGUCGAGAAAAAUGGCAUCGUUACCGACUUAGUCAGUUUUUAUAGUUUGCCUUCUACAGUAAUGCAUCAUCCGUCGUACAAAAACCUGAAAGCGGCCUAUUCGUUCUACAAUGCAGCCACGGCUACAUCGUUGACAGAAUUGAUGACCGAUGCAUUGAUUGUUGCCAAGAAUGAAAAUUACGACGUGUUUAACGCGCUAGAUUUAAUGAACAACUCAGAGUUUCUUGAAAAGCUGAAGUUUGGCAUCGGCGACGGCAAUCUUCAAUAUUAUCUCUUCAAUUGGAAGUGUCAUGAAAUGGCACCGCAGAAGGUGAGACGCAGGCAACGCUUGACGAGCCUUCCUACAGACUGUGUUGCUUUUUCCAUUUCAGAUUGGCUUGGUGCUCCAGUGACGCGGUUUGCUGCCUCAAAAUCAUGA